CAAUUUGUCAAAUGACUCAGGUAAAAGUGAGACUUCAGGGUUAUUUGUGGGUUCAACGCUUGAGUAAACGAGUACAAAAAUAGAUAAGUAAAUUUUAACAAAACUCUCUAUUAUCUUUUAACUUGUCGUUAAUACGAAGUAAAUUAAUUAACCAGUUUUAAUAAUUGAAUUAUACGUAAUGAAAAUGUAAUAACAUAACCAAACUAAGUAAUAAGACAAAUUACCUAAUCGUAUUUAAGUUCACUGAAGUUUUCGGAUAAGGAAAUUUGGACUCUUCAAAAGGAAUCGGUAACAAUGAUUCUUGAUUGGAUUGGAAUAAUUCUUCGGAAUGGUAUUCUGGAUUAAUUGGAUCAGGAACCACUUCAUUUUCUUGGUUAUUAUUAAAGAUUUCAACGUCCAGCUUCAAAAAUAUUUUAGCGGAUUUUCGUCCAAUUCUUCAUCAAAACUACCAUAUGAUUAGAUGGUUUUCGUUCUUGACAUGCUAAGAUUAUCUUUUUUAAUAAUUUUAACCUAACAAACAUGAAUUACAAUAAGAAAUUAAUGAAAAAUGAAAUUUGAGGUUAUGUUACUGUCAAAAUUCCACAAAAUUACUUCGUAUUGACUUUACAUGGAUUAAAUACAAUAAAAAAAGAUGAUUGCGAUGGCUGUCUUCGUUCUGUGCCUGUGGCUGCGUUUGGAACCAGGAUUUUCCGAGUGGAUAGAAAUUCUCAGGAUCGAAAUUGUCUACAUUGGGCCUUAUAUUUUAAUAGCCGUUUCGGUUGUUGUAAUCGUCGCGUCAUUCUUGGGAUGUCUCAGCGCUUUGCAGGAAAAUAAUUUCUUGAUGUAUAUCUUCAUAGGAACGCAGGUCGUCGGUUUCCUGGGUUACGUCGCUGGAUCUGCUGUCCUGCUGGAUAACACCACGAAGAACUCUAACAUGCAGCCGAUCGUUAGGGAAAGCAUGCGCAGCCUUAUCAUGAACAGCCGGUACGACAAAGGACAGGAGAUACUCGCCAUGAUCCAGGAAAAUAUUGGAUGCUGCGGCGCUGACGGCCCGGGAGAUUACAUUGACCUUCGCAAACCUUUACCCAGAGAAUGUAGAGACACAGUCACCGGAAACGCGUUUUUCCAUGGUUGCGUUUCUGAACUAACGUGGUUCUUUGAAGAAAAAACUGCUUGGAUUGCAGCAUUGGCUAUGACAGCUGCUAUGUUUCAUGUAUUCCACAUCGUUAUGACGUUUGUCUUAACAAGAGCUUUGGCGAAAGAGGCGGAUGAAACGACGGGAUAUAGACGCUAAAAAUAAGUUUUAUUUAGGUUAAGCCUUUUUACGUAGAAUUAAAUCUUUUUAUUUGAUAACAUCGACAACAUAAUUAUUAAUAGCAGUAAAGUUUGUUAAAAUUAAUUAAUUUAUAAAUUUUAAGGAAAAUAAAGUUAGAAAGAUUUUUCUUCACCACA